AUGGUAAUACAAUCUGCUACGGAAUUAUCGCCACGGAAGACAAGGCCUUCUUUUCCUCAUCGCAAUUUGAUAAAAAGCAUGUCUGAUAACCGCAUAAGCCGCCCCUCUCCCCCUCCCAUUAGGAAGUUGAAGUCUUCCUUGAAAAUAUGUCAUCCAGAACCUAUUACAAGAUCCAAGUCAGAAGUUUUCUUAACUUCACCUGAGAAAAACGUUCGUUUUGCAAUUGAAUUGACAACCGUUAAAAGAUUUGAUAAAAAUGCGGAACCAAGUUCAAUCUCAAACGAGAACUCACCCACUCUGUCUCCAGUUGAUAACGCUACCAUGAUCGAUGACAUCCAAUUAUUCAACAACGAGGACUGCUGGUUCAAUGAUUCGUCCUUAGUCACUAACCUUCUAAAGAAUGAAAAGAAGUUUCGUUAUAUGAAUUCCCUAAGCAAUAUGUUCAAGCUAGAUUUAUAUGACUCGGAAGAUGAAGAUGAUAUUGAUGAACGCAGCAAUGGUCAAACAGGGUAUUGCUAUACUUAUGAGUCGGCAUCAUCUAGAGGAAAACUUCCCAAUAAGUCGGUGGAUCCCUCUGCUACCACUUCCCUUGCCUCCCAGGCAACAAAUAUUUGCGACUGGAAACUUCACUGUACAGACUUGGUUCCCUUCAAGACAGCACCUCCUUUGUUCACCAAAACUUUAUCGCCUUCCGAUCUACAAGGCCAGUUAACACAAUAUUUUAAUGGCCAAAAUAUCAAAUUGCAUUCUCUUACUCAGCCAAAUGAAGAUACAAGUAAAAUUACAGGGCUUAUAUUUGUUAAAAACAUGAGUUUUGAAAAGUAUUUGGAGAUAAAGUUCACGUUCAACUCAUGGAAAGAUAUUCAUUACGUUACUGCCAAUUUCAAUAAAACAAUAAAUGCCAACAUUGACGAAUUUAAAUUUACCAUUGAUCUGAAUAGUUUGAAGUAUAUUUUACUCAUCAAGAAAAUUAUCACCAUGGAGAAUAACACAAGUAGCUGCCCUUUGAAUAUUGAACUAUGUUGUAGAUAUGACGUCAAUAACGAAACAUUCUAUGACAAUAAUAAUGGUAAAAACUACCACCUUUUUAUAACGACCUUCAAAAAGGACAAGGAAACGGAAGAGAAGCAAAAAGCUUCUGUGGUUAUUGAAACUGCUUCUCAAAAAAAUGCAGCCAUUUCAUCGACUGACAUAAAGUCAAGAUUCGUCUCCUCAAACCCAACUCUUUCGAAGUUUUUGCCUCAAUCGAGAAAGUUUAGUGAGAACACAGAUUACUAUAAUACAUCUCCGCUGAAACAUCUUUAUCAUAAUGACACCACAAGCUUCGUUAAACCGAAAAGAUUGAAUGUGGUCUUAGAUAAAAUCGAUAACUCUACAACUUCUUCUCCACCCUUGGCUGGCAACACAGGAAGUGAUAAAAUAACCAUGAAUCAAAACACAGCACCCACCCCCACAGCCCCCACUACCAGUAAUAGUAUUGACCUACCAGUAUUAGGAUCACAACAUCAAUCAUUAUAUUCUGGCUCAUCCUCUUACUCCUCAUCGUCUUCUUCGAUUUCUUCGUCAUUAUCAUUUGCUUCCUCCAAUAAUUCCUCGACAAAUUCAUCUUCUGCCUCCUGUAGUUUCCCACUUACCGAGCUCGAUAAUUUUGAUUAUGCGGAUUUGUAUGAACCCAAUGAUACAUUCACAGCAGCCAAUUUGUUUAAUCAUUCAUUAAAUUCACUAAUACCAGAGACUUCCACUCCAUCAAUCUUUGGAGAUUUUGGAAAUACUAAUACUAUCAUUAAUAAUAACCACAACAGCUUCGAUACUUCUUUGGAUGAUUCAUAUGAGGACAAACAAAGUGUUGUUACGGAUACUACAAUAGAUGAUAAUACUAAAACGUCAACUACCAAUAAUUCCACAGACACACUAAUUAAACCAUCAAAGGAAAACGGGGGUUUGAAAGAGAAUAAACUAAUUACAAACAAUACCAGCUCACCGUCCUCUCAGAAUCACAUGAGCACUAAUAUAAAUGAACAUUCAAAUGAAAAUAAUGAUCUCAAAUAUAUCAAUUACCAAUCAUUACUGGAUUCUCAUCGAUUCUAUAACCAUCCUUCGUCGCCCAAUCUGCAGUCUAUUACGUUAUCAAGAACAGUCCCCCUGUCAGGAAUUAGCCAGAGUUCAGAAUUUUUUGAUUGUGAAUGUGAGAGUAGUGAUAGUAAUCAAAUAGCAGGAGAACUGGACAAUGAAUCAUUACAUCCGGAUGAAAAUGAUAAUUCUGUAUGCCUUAGUGAUGAUGCUUUGAUUGAUCAUCACGGAAAUAAUAACCCGUUUGUGAAUAAUUUCGGCUCCUCUCCACCCACCCUUUCUCAAGAAGUUGAUCGAUGGCAGCUUUGA